AUGCCGCGUCCCGUGGUCAGCUUGGGCCUCGUGCAGCAGCUAGACGUCGCACUCGUCGCGCUCAUCGCCGCCAGCGCAAACCUCUGGUGGUGCGGGCGGCGGCGCGCGGCAGCUUGGCUGCUCUGCGCCAGCUUCGUGGUCCGCACUUGGCUGCAACAGCCAAUCACGGCACUUCUCCCAGUCGAAGCGCUGCCGCCCUUCGUCGACCUGCUCCGCUCCAACGCGCUGCGCUGCGCCUUCUUCGUGUUCGCUGCCCUCGUCGGCGCCUCCCCCCUCUCCUUCCGAGAAGGCACAGCCGCGCUCCUCGCUGUUGUGGCCGCGUGGCUCGUCCAGGCGUGUGUGCUGUAUACGCGCCUCGGGCGCGCCGACGCCGUGGUGGUCGCAUUGCUGCCCUGGGACGCCCGGUGCAGCUGGGCCGGCUGCGGCGGCUGCACCGAGUGCGGCGCCGAGUCCGAGUGCAAGCCGUUUUGUGAGGACAAGACGCAGGCAUGGGAUGACAAGUGCACCUGGGAGGGCUGCAACGGCUGCUCCGAGUGCGGCGCCGAGUCCGAGUGCAAGCCGUUCUACGGACCCGUGGGAUAUGCUCUGCAGCUGGAACGGCUGCUCUAG